AUGACAGAGAUUAAGCUUCAAGACCUAGAUCAGCUUGGACACGACAAUGCUGACACUGAACGCCCAGGCUCUGUGCUGCUUCUUGCCGCGGACCGUAACGAACCUCUCGGUCUACGAAACAUCCACGCGCGAACGUCCCAUUCGUCUACCCCGACUGGUUUCCCAGUAGAUCCCGAUAGACACUCCACCAGACGCCAGACGCAGCCAGAAAAGAAAAGGACCCAGGAUGGCACCAUCAUCCUUGAUCCGCAGCCGGACGAGUCUGCAAAUGACCCCCUCAACUGGCCUGGAUGGAGGCGGGACUCUGCUUUAUUGUCACUGGGCUUCUACUGCAUGAUUGGAGGCGGAAUAGGAUCCUUCAUGGCUGCCGGACUCACCAACAUUGCCCACGACUACAAUGUCAAUGUGGAAACAGUCUCGUUAGUAGUCGGUCUCUACAUGGCCGGCCUUGGCAUUGGAUCCGUGGUUGCAUCGCCAACCGCAAUUCUCUUUGGCAAAAGACCCAUUUACCUUGCGAGCGCUGUCAUUUUCAUCGGAACUUGCAUUUGGGCCGGGCUGUCCCCGUCCUUUCCGUCGCUUGUAGUUGCUCGCAUCGUCCAGGGCGUGUCCCUGAGCCCAAUUGAGUGCCUACCAUCAGCCACCAUUGCCGAGAUUUUCUUCCUCCACGAGCGAGCUUAUCGUAUUGGAAUAUAUACGUUAUUGCUUCUGGGGGGCAAAAACCUGAUUCCUCUCGUGAGCGCCGCCAUCAUUGGAAGAUUUGGGUGGCGCUGGAUAUUCUUUAUUGUCGCCAUUGUUGCAUGCUUUAGCUUCGUUUUGCUGAUUUUGUUUGUGCCCGAGACCUUUUGGGACCGGACACCGACACGAGGACCUACUAAGCGACCAAGUUUUUUCCGCCGCUUCUCCUCACGAAGAGGCAUUCCUCCUCCGGAGCCUCCAGUAGAAAUUCCAAGACCGCCACAGGCCGCCGGCCAAGAAAAUGCUGUUAGAGCUUCGGAUAACGGGCAAGGAAAGCAAGAUGAGAGUAAACAGUCCGAGACGCCCAUCAGCCCCGUCAGUGGAACAACACCAGCCAUGGCGCCUGACGAAAUACAGCCGGUUGUGAAUCCACAAGAAGCGCAUGGUAGCCAAGCUGAUGGACCUAGCGAAAAUUUCGACACGAGAAAAGUAGACAGCGUCAAACCUUCCAAUGUUGAUUCGGAACGGGGUCAAGCUUCAACAAGUUUGACCCCAGCCACCCAAGCAUACACGCAUAGACUUCGCCAAGGACCUGCAGAGUCUUUUGCGCAACAACUCAGGCUAUAUCACGGCCGACUGAACAAGGACAAGUGGCUCAAGGUCAUGGUGCGCCCAUUUGUUCUUUUUGCAUAUCCAUCCGUGUUAUGGUCGGCGGCGGUUUACUCGUGCUCGAUCGGUUGGCUUAUGAUCAUAGCCGAAAUCAUGGCCAUCAUCUACAGAGACCCGACAUUGUACAACUUUACUUCACUCCAGACAGGCCUCGUCUAUAUCUCUCCGUUUAUAGGUGGUAUCAUGGGCACUGCUGUAGCUGGCAGGGUGAGCGACGUGGUAGUCCGAGCCAUGUCGUCGCGCAACGGUGGGUUGUAUGAGCCCGAGUUCCGCCUCGUCAUGGCAAUCCCCAUCACACUGGCUACAUGCGUUGGACUAGUGGGCUUUGGGUGGUCGGCAGAGGAAAAAGACCACUGGAUAGUUCCUACCGUCUUCUUUGGCGUCCUCUCCUUUGGCUGCUCGCUGGGCUCAACAACGUCUAUUACCUUUUGCGUGGAUAGCUAUCGCCAAUAUGCCGGCGAGGCACUCGUGACGCUGAACUUUGCAAAGAAUAUCUUCCACGGCUUGGUGUUUAGUUUAUUUGUCUCCCAUUGGAUGGUGGACGAGGGUCCGAAAAAGGUCUUCAUGUGGCUCGGGAUCAUUCAGCUCGUCUUGCAGAUUACCACUAUACCCAUGUUUAUAUUCGGCAAGCGAGCCAGGUUGUGGACAGUGAGGAAGAAUUUCAUGGAGAAGUUCUAG